AUGAAUGAAAGGCUUCAAGAAAGAAAUGAGCAGAAAUAUACGCUGCCAUCCAGCUUGAUUACCAAUUUAAAUGAGUGUAUCUUUGACAACGUGUCGAUAGACUACUUUCCAUUAGUGAUUAUUGUGAAAUCCACUGAUACGAAUGUCAUUGAAACCCUUAAAGAGGAGGAAUCUUGGCUGAUAAGUACGCGGUACAAGGCCAAUAUUCGAGUGAACUGUACCAACAGGCAGGCCAGCGAGAAACUACUCACUCGACUCAUAGAAGAAAAGAUUCCUUUUAAUGCAGAUUAUUCUAAUUUUAUUUCACAUCCGGGGAACCUUUUUGUUAAAUAUCUUACCAGUGACUUAAUCAACCACGAUAAACUUUUCGAGUAUUUUAAUGGGGCUUCUAAAUACAAGUCGUUGAAUGAAAUAAAUAUUCUUAAGAGCAAGGGCGAUGAGUCCUUUGCUAUUUUAAAAUUUGAUAUUCACAUGGAUUGUGACUAUUUGAUUCGCAGCUUGAAGCCCGUGCCAAAUCCGUUCAAUACUAAUCCUUACACUCCAUUGUACCUCAACAAGUACAUAAAUAGGAAGGAAAGGACCUUGUGGAGCUCUAAUGAUGAGCAUCUGCCUCCUCAGUCACUUGGGGGUGAUCCCAUGGAUAUGCAUGAGGGUAAUAAUAACAAUGUAUACGAUUCAAUUGUCCUUGAGAAUUUGGACAAGUUCUUCGGUUCUCAUAAAAUAACGAUAGAGGUAUUUGAAAGGUUUUUGGAAAAGUUGUCUUCCUUCAAUGAUAUUGAUCUCAUAUAUUUUCCCGUAAAGAUGAGAUCAGAUGAAGACAAUAUCAAAUUUGAACCUUUUGGUUAUAUCAAUUUUGUUCAUGGCGAUAAUUUGAAUAAUCAAGUUUUGAAAUGUCUUUACUGUUUAUCAAACAUAACGUUUGAACAAUUCAUGGACUUUGAUGAGAAAAAUAUGUCUUUCGAAUACUACCCUAACAAAGCUGAAGAUGACCGGGAUGAUGAUGUGUUUGAUGAGAACACAAUUAGAAUUUCCAUCAAUCAACAUAAGUUCAACCACUACUUGUAUAAAUCUAGCACAAACCAGAUGUGCAUAACGUUGGCGCCGAGCAUUUCUUUGGGUUAUCUUAACUUACCAUAUUACAAUUUGAUUUUGGCGAGAUUUUUGAAAUACAUAAACUAUCAAGAGACAAACUUAUAUGUGAAUAACUUGUGUGUCUUAUUCAGAAACGAUGAUGAUUUAUGGGAGUCUUUUUGGUCGCAAUUUGGAAAAAUUAACUCUGCAAAGAUCAUCAAGCCAGAUUUCUACUCAAAGACCUCGACGACCAAUUUUGGUAAGAUUGGCUUCAUCUUUUUCAAAAAAUUUAGAAUGGCGGUAAGGGCCAUCUUAUUGACUAACAACAAGCAAAUUUGCUUCAAUAAUCAAUCUUUAAAAAUCGAGUCUUCGUUUGCAAUACAGAAGUCCAUGCACACAAAAGCUCACACUAGCAGAUCUGUUGACAUGGGUCAAUUCUAUUACUAUGCACCACCAUUUGUGCCGUCCAUUCCUACGCCUAUGUAUUCAGUUCCAAUGCCUGUUGACUAUGUUAGUUAUUAUAACCCCUAUUAUUAUCCUAAUAACUGUAUUGACAACAGGGGAGAAGAGGAUAAUUAUCGCCAAAAAAACGAUCGUUAA